AUGAAAGAACAAUAUCAUAUUGAAAAGUCUUCCGGUCAAAUAAAAUUACAUAAUAAUACAAUAAUAAAUUAUAAUAUAAUUCCAUCACAAUCACCAAUAUUUUCUAAAAAUUUCUAUGAAUUUACAUUAAAUCUUACAAAUACAACAAAUGAAAAACUUUUUAUUGGUCAAAUUUCAGCUCAACCUUACAAUAUAAAUCGUAGUCAUCUUAUAUAUAAAUUUAUUAAUCGAAAUAAAUAUUUUCAUAUUAAUCCUGAUAAUGGUAUUAUUGAAUAUAUACCAUCAAAAUCAUAUAAUAAAACACAAGAACAUAUUCAAAUUCUAGUACAUGAUGUAAUAUAUAAUCAAAAUACAACAAUUAAUGUAACUAUAUAUAUAAAUAGACAAACUUUAACAACAUUAAUUUAUCAUAAAACAAUAUCAGAAAUUCUUCCACCUGGUUCAUUAAUAUUUCAAACAAAUUAUUCUUUAAAAGAAAAUUAUCAAUAUUAUCUUAAAGAUUAUAAUAUAAAUUUUUUUGAAAUAAAUUCAACAACAAGUGAAGUUUUUUUACGUAAUUAUUUAAUUGAUAAAUUUUAUUCAUUUAAAAUAUUAAUAAAACCAAUUGAAGAAAUAUUUAUUAUUAAAUUAACAAUAAUUGAUUAUAAUAAUUAUCAACCAAAUUUUUAUAAUUUACCAUUAAAUUUAUCAUUAUCAUUAUCAAAUAAAUUUUUAACAAAAAUUUCUUCAUAUGAUUAUGAUUUAAAUACAAAUCAAAUAAUUCAUUAUUAUCUUCUUGAUAAAAAUCAAGAAAAAAUUUUUUCACUUAAUCAAACAAAUGGUAUAUUAGAAUUAAAUAAUAAAAAAUAUUUAAAUCAAACGAAUAUACAAUUAUAUAUUGGUAUAACUGAUAAUUUAUAUUUAACAAAAUCUUAUAUACAAAUUCAUUUUUAUAAUUAUACAAAAAAUUUACCAAAAUUUUCUUCAGAUGAAUAUAUUUUUUAUUAUGAUCAAACACGUUCAAUACUUGGACAAAUAAUUGCUUAUGAUAAUGAUUUAAAUGAUGAAAUAUCCUAUGAAAUUUAUUUACAAUCAAAAUCUAUAUCAAUUGAUCGAUAUACUGGUACAAUUAAAGUUGAAAAAAAUUUUUCAUUUAUUAAACCAUCUAUUGAAUUUUAUGCAUCAGCUAAAGAUUUAGCUAAACAAAUUGUUUAUACAAAAAUAAAAAUAUUCUAUAUAAUUGAACCAAAAUUUCGUUCAUAUUUAUAUUAUAUAACAUUAAAUUCAACAAAUUUUAAAAUUCCAUAUGAAAUUUAUCAAUUUGAUAUUGUUGAUUUAUUUAAUCAACCAUUAAAAUCAAUUAAAUAUCAAAUAAAAAAUCAAACAAAUUUAUUUGAUAUUAAUGAUAAUAAUAAAUUAAUUAUAAAAAAUUCUCUAAAUAUAACAAAUAAUUAUUUAUUAAAUAUAAAUGCUUAUUGGAAAAAUUUUAUUAUACAAACAUUUAUACAAAUACAAUUUAUAGAAAAUUUUAUUAAAUUAAAUAAAAAUUUUUAUGAAUUUAAUUUAGAAAAACAAUUUUUAUAUGAUAAUUAUCUUAUUGAAACAUUUAAUAUGGAUUAUAAUUUAAAAUUUAUUAAAAUUUUAUCAACACCAUUAACAAAAUAUGAUUGUAUUGAAAAUUUUUAUAUUAAAUUAAAUCAAUUAUUUUUUAAAACAUAUCCAAUUAUAAUAGAUUUAUGUUUUUUUGAAUUAAAUUUUAUUAAUAAUAAUAAUAUAACAUUAUAUUCAAGUCAAAUUAAAAUUAAUUUUAUUAAUACAUAUUUAAAACCAAAAUUUUCAUCAAAUAUUUAUUAUUUUAAUGCAAUAAAAAAUAAUAAUCUAUUUCGAAUAUUUGCUUUUAGUUCAAAUUUAAUAGAAUAUAAAUUAGAAAAUAAUUCAUAUGGUUUAAUUAUUAAUCAAUUCGAUGGUUCAAUUACAUUUAAAUAUGGUUUAAUUUUAAUGAAAAAUAUUGAUUAUAUACAAUUAAAUGUUUAUGCUAUUGAUAAUAAAACAUUAUUAAAUGAUACAGCUUUAAUUCAUAUAUCAUUUAAUGAACAAGAACAAUUUGAAAUACCAAAUGAUUAUUUACAAAUUUCAUUAUGUCCUAAUGUACCAAUUUUACUUUCGGAUCAAAGUUUACCUGGUACAGUCAUUCAAGAUGUUAGUUUUGAUAAUAAUAGUAUUCCAUAUAAUUAUUAUAUCCUAUCGGGUGAUAAAUACGGUUUAUUUGCUAUAAAUAAUCUUGGUCAACUUUAUUUAACAUCACCAAUGCUUAAUAAAACAUCUGAAGAAUAUUUUGAAUUAACUAUUCUUAUAUCAUCAUUAUCAUCAUCAAUAUUCUAUUGUCGUACAAAUAUAACAAUUAUUCGAACACCUAAUUGGUCAUAUUUUAUUUGUCCAGCAAUACCAAUUGAAUGGAUGAUUGAAGAAGAAUCUCCAAUAGGUACAAUAAUUGGUACAGUCAAAGAAAUUUUAUUAUUAAUAAAUAAUUCUUCACAAUUAAUUGAUAAAAUACAUAUGGAAUUAAAUCAUACAAAUGAUGAUGCACAAUCAUUUCUUCUUAAUUCUCAAACAGGUAUAAUUACAUCAAAUUCACGUCUUGAUUAUGAACAAAAAACAUCUUAUUCAUUUUUAAUAUUACUUGAACCAAAUGAAUUAAAUUGUUCAAUAUUAAUUUUUAUUAAAUUAAUUAAUAUAAAUGAUAAUCCAAUAAUAUUUGAUUUAAAUUCAUUAAUGUAUAAUAUAACAGAAAAUAAUCUUUUACCUUAUUAUAUUGGUCGUAUACGUUUGAUUGAUAUUGAUCAAUUAUAUUCAUAUAAUUAUGAAUUUUAUCUUCAACAACAAACUACAACAGAAAUUUCAAUUGAUUAUAUAACUGGUUCAAUUAUAUUAAAUGAUAAACUUGAUAGAGAAUAUCAUGGAUCAGAAUUAGAAUAUGAUAUAAUAGCAAUUGAUUAUAAUAAUAAAGAAAAUAAUUUAACAAAUAAAUUAAUUAUUUCUAUAAAUGAUAUAAAUGAUCAUGGACCAAAAUUUGAUCAAGAUUAUUAUUCAAUAAAUAUAAGUAAAUCAAUUCGUCCUGAUACAAUUAUAUUUCAAAUAAAUGCAACAAGUAAAGAUCCAAUUCAAAAUGGAAAUAUAACAUAUGAUUUAAUAAAUUCAUCAGAUUAUUUUUUUAUUAAUCAACAAACAGGUAUUAUACGUUUAAAAAAAUAUCUUCCAUCAACAAUUAUAAAUUUUACAUUGGUUAUAAAAGCAUUUGAAAAUGAUAUUAAUUUAACUGAUUAUACAAAUUUAUUUAUAACAAUUACUAAUGAUGAUAAUAUAUAUUUUAAUAUUGAUAAUAAUAAUAAUAAAAAUUGUUUUAUUGAAGAAAAUAAAAUAAUUAAUACAAAUAUUUGUACAAUUGGUUUUAAUUCAAAUGAUUUUAUUUAUGAAUUAAUUGAUUAUAUGAAUUAUUUUUCUAUAUUUGAAAAUAAUGGUACAAUUAUUAAUAAAAAAAUAUUUGAUUAUGAAAUGGAUCAACAUGAAUAUAAUGUUACAAUUAUUGUUAAAGAUCGAGAAAAUCAGUCUAUUAUAUUAUCUUCACUUAAUCUAACAAUUUAUAUUCAUAAUAUUAAUGAUAAUAAACCAGAAUUUUUAACUAAAAAUUUAACAACAAUUCUUUAUUUAUUCUAUCCAUCAAUAAAUACAAUUAUUCAUAGAAUUGAAAUUAUUAAUAAAGAUCAAUUAUAUUUAAAUUUUGAAAUUCUUAAUGAUACAUAUUCAUCAUAUAAUCUUCAAUCAUCAUUAAAUUUUACUGAACUUAUUCUAAUUAAUUCUAUAGUUACUGAUCGUGAAGAUAAUCUUAUUAUUCGUCUAUCAAAUAAUAAUAAUAAUAAUACAUACUUAACAUCUUAUUAUAUUGAUUUAUAUAUUCAUUUAAUAUAUAUUCAACGUUCUAUUGAUUAUCCAACAAUAGUUCAACAAACAAUUGAUGGUUAUAUAAAUUUUGAUGAAAAUUUUCCUUUAAUUAAUUUUGGUCAAUUAUUUAUACAAAAUCAAUCUGAUUAUAAAUUUAUUUAUUUUAAUUUAAAAUCAAAUGAAUAUUUUUCUCUUAAACAAUUAUCAAAUAAUCAUAUUGAAUUAUAUUAUAAUUCUUCAUUACAACAAUAUUCUAAACAACAACAACAAAAAUAUCGUUUAUUACAAUAUCAAAUUGAAUUAAAUGUUAUUGCUAUAAAUCAAUCUAUACCUGAAAUCAAUUUUUCUAAUAAUAAUAAUACAAUAAUAUAUUUUUCAAAAAAUCAUAAUAAUUUAUUAAAAUCACAUUUAAUUGAUUUACAUUUAUGGCCUAUUGAUCGUGAAAUGUUAGAACGUUCAUUAUCAAUAAUAAUUAAUUUAAAUCCACAAAUAACAUAUGAACAAUUUAUAAUAAAUAGUUUACCAUUAAUACGUGAAUAUUUAUCUGAUAUAAUUGGUGUUAAUAUACGUCAUGUACAUAUAUAUACAUUUGAUUUAAAAAAUCAACAACAAGUUGAAUUACUUAUUGCUAUAAUACGUUAUCCAUCACGUUUAAGACCACCACGUUAUAUACAUAAAAAAUUACUUUAUAAUGCAUUAAUAAAUGUAACAAAUUUAUUUGAAAAAAUUUUAAAUAUUAAAUCAAUUGAAAAAAUUUUUAUUAAUCAAUGUAAUUUAAAAUCAUGUGAAAAUAAUGGUCGUUGUACAAGUCAUAUUAAAUUACUUAAUCAUCAAUAUGAAUAUUUUUAUUAUGACACAUAUCAACGUUUAAUACCUAAAUAUCAAUGGAAUAUUAAAUGUUUAUGUUUAAAUCAUUAUUAUGGACAACGUUGUCAAUAUAAACAAAAUUAUCAAUCACCAUGUUCAUCAAAUCCUUGUUCAUCAUCGGAAAGAUGUGUUGAAGAAAGUUCAACAUUAUAUACUUGUCAAUGUAUUGAUGAACCAUGUAGUUAUAAUGAAAUUUUAUUAGAAAAUACAUUAGAUUGUGUUAAUAUUAAUUCACCAACAUGUCGAGAUUCAUCAAAUACUUUAACAUUCGAUGGUUAUAGUUUUGUUCGUAUGAAUAUAACAAUGAAUUUAACUCAUCAUAUAAAUGUAACAUUUACAUUUCGUACUCAAGUUUCACAAGGAAAAUUAAUAAAAUUAAUAACAUAUGAUGAAAAUAAUCAACAACAUUUAUUAGUUAUUCAACUAAAUGAUGGUUAUAUUAAUUUUCAAUUAAAUAAAAAAAUUCUUUUUCAAUUGAAUGAAAUUCUAAUAAAUGAUAGUUUAUGGCAUCAUAUUUAUUUUUCAAUAGAUUAUACAUUAAAUAACAAUAAUAAUAAUGAUUAUUAUUAUCAUAUUCGUCUUGAUCAUGUAUUUAGUAAUAAAAUUCAUUUAACACAAAAAAUAUUAUUAAAACAAUUAAAAGAAUUUUUUAUUGGUAAUGAUUUUCAUGGUUGUUUAGGAAAUUUAACAAUAAAUAAUCAAAUAAUUUAUCUACAAAAAGAAAAUAAUAAUAAUAAUAAUAAUAAUAAUCAUUUAAUUGAACAUAUUGGAACAAAUAAUGGUUGUCAAUUAGCUGAAAUUGAAACACGUACAUUAAGACAUUAUACAAUUAAAGAUGAUCUUUGUUCAUUAUAUCAUCCAUGUUAUCAUGGUAGUUUAUGUUCAAGUCAAAAUACUAAACAUGGUUUAAGUUUUACAUGUAAUUGUUUAAAACCAAGAUUUUCUGGUCGACAAUGUCAAUAUGAUUUACAACCAUGUUUAAGUCAUCCAUGUUUAUUCAAUGAACAAUGUAUUUCAUCAUCAUUAAUAAAUCAUUUAAAUCAAUCAUAUACAUGUAUAUCAUCAUUAAUUAAUGUACCAAUAGCAAAUAAAAGUUCUUUAUAUAUUGGAUUAGCUUUAAUUUGUUGUACAUUUAUAUUAUUUAUCUUACUUUGUCUUUCGUUAAUUAUUUAUUGUCAACAACAACGAAAAGAUAAAAGACGAAAUGAUAUAUUAAAUCAUGAUAAACCAUUUGUAUCAGCACCAUUACUUAUACAAAAAUCAUCACCACCAACACUACCAACAACAAAUACAAUUGAAAUUCCAAUUCAAACAUUAUUAAAAUUAAAUCAGAAUGGAAAACAAACUAUUGAAACUCUAGCGCUUGUUGAUCAUAAUCAUCAACCAACAACAAUGAAUAAUUUUAAUGAUAAAGCAACUAAUAAUCAAUUAAAUAAAUCAUUACAAUCAAUUGAUAAACAUCAAUAUCAAUCUCAUGAAUCAUUAAAUCGUCGUCAAAGUGAUCCAAAAUGUUAUUCAACUAUUGGAAGAAUGAAUAUUCCACCAGAUAAUUUUCUUGUUCAUUAUAAUAGUAUUGAUUAUGACACUACACGUAUUCCACUUGUUAAUCCAGAAUCAGCAGAUUUAUUUGAUUUUUCAUCGUCACCAACAAGUAAGUUUUAUUGUUUAUUAUCCUUUCAUAAAUGCAGU